GCCGCAGAGCAAUCGCGUCCCGGAAGUGGCGGCGGUGGGGGAGGCGGAGGAGGGUCUCAGUCCUACGACUUCAGAGCGGCCUUGGGAAGUGGUUCGUCGUCGGGGUGGGGCGGGCCUGAGGAAAAGCUCCUGGGUCUAGUGGCCCUAUCAAGUGCCUCCUGGCCGCCUCCGCCCCUUCCCCAUCUACGCAGCGACCGGGAUGCAGACCUCAGAGCGAGAGGGCUGUGGACCGGAGGUGAGCCCCAGCACGGUCCCUGAGGCUACCCUGGAGUCUCUGCCUGUUCCUAUCAAGUCGCCGGCGUUUGAUCUGUUCAACUUGGUUCUGUCCUACAAGAGGCUUGAGGUCUACCUGGAACCUCUGAAGGAUGCCGGCGAUGGGGUCCGGUACUUGCUCAGGUGGCAGACGCCAUUGUGUUCCUUGCUGACCUGCCUGGGCCUCAACAUCUUGUUCCUCACCUUGAACGAGGGUGCCUGGUACUCCGUGGGCGCCCUGAUGAUUUCAGUGCCCGCCCUACUGGGCUACCUUCAGGAGGUUUGCCGGGCACGGCUGCCCGAGUCUGAGCUGAUGAGGAGGAAGUACCACAGCGUGAGGCAGGAGGACCUGCAGAGAGUUCGCCUGUCUCGCCCCGAGGCCGUAGCCGAGGUGAAGAGCUUCUUGAUCCAGCUGGAGGCCCUCCUGAGCCGCCUGUGCUGCACCUGCGAAGCUGCCUACCGCGUGCUGCACUGGGAGAACCCCACCGUGUCCUCACAGUUCUAUGGGGCUCUUCUGGGCACGAUUUGCAUUCUGUAUCUGCUGCCUCUGUGCUGGGUCCUUGCCCUUUUAAACAGCACACUCUUCCUGGGGAAUGUGGAGUUCUUCCGAGUGGUGUCUGAGUAUAGGGCAUCUCUGCAGCGGCGGAUGAACCCCAAGCAGGAAGAGAGUGCCUUCGAGAGCCCGCCACCGUCAGAUGCUGGGGAGAAGGGCGCUCUGGCGGACUGCACUCCGGCGCCCACGCCCACAGAGGACCUCACGCCAGGCAGUGUGGAGGAGGCAGAGGAGGCCGAGCCUGACGAGGAGUUUAAAGAUGCGAUUGAGGAGACCCACUUGGUGGUGCUGGAGGAUGACGAGGGGUCCCCGUGCCCGGCAGAGGACGAGCUGGUCCUGCAGGACAACGGCUUCCUGAGCAAGAAUGAGGUGUUGCGCAGCAAGGUGUCACGGCUCACCGAGCGACUCCGCAAGCGGUACCCGACCAACAACUUGGGGAGCUGUACGGGCUGCUCGGCAACCUUCUCAGUGCUGAAGAAGAGGCGGAACUGUAGUAACUGUGGAAACAGCUUCUGCUCUCGGUGCUGCUCCUUCAAGGUGCCCAGGUCCUCCAUGGGGGCCACAGUUACAUAUGCUUAUUCUAGAAGAUUUGGAAAUUACUAUACAGAAGAAGAAGGAAGAGAAAAAUAAUCUUGUAAUCUUACCACCCAGAGAUAAUAACCACUGUUAAAACAUUUUGGAAAAUUUUCUCCUGGUAUUUUAUUUUAAAAAGCAUUUUAAAAGUUAUUCUUUUGGUGCCAAAAUAAUGUCUAAUGCAUAGAAUAUCUGGGAGAGGCUUGCUGUUGGCAUGGUCACUCCCGGAACCCCCAGGUCCCGUGGAAAGAGAAGUCUCUGAGGGCAAGUGCGUGAGCUGGGACAGUGAGCUUGUAGGCUGGGGGAGGGUGGUCUGUGUGGGGCUUGGGGUGGGGUGGGGUGGGGUAGGGAGGGGAGGUGGUUCCAGUUGGAGGGGCAAUCAGCCAGAGGGCAUGAGGAAGCAUCUCACCAAGUUCUUCCUCCUUUUCAGCCCCCGAAGCCCAGAGAGAGACUGUGUUUGUGUGUGCCUCGUGUAACCAGACCUUGAGCAAGUGAGAAGAGGGGCCAGGGUCCAAGAGGCCGCCUUUCCCCGGGGCCAGCAGUAGACCCCGCUCUCCCCACCCUUAGCCUUGGGCAGAUGUGGUCUGAAUGCUAGGUAGGCUUCCCCUCCCUGCCCCCGCUGUCUGCAUCCGGGUUCUGGAGCCGUCCUCCACUCCUGCGGAUGGCCAGUAGUGGUUGCUCCCCAACCAGGACUGGCAUGUUUGCCUUGCUCUGUUCUGGGUGUUAGGGAACUCAGGGCUGGGUGGGAAGUAGAAGUUAGAGGGCAGCAGUGAGCCAGGCCUGGUCUGGACUGGUCUUCUGGGCAUCCCUGAAUGCCUGGGAGUUCUCUGAGGCCAGAGGUCAGAGAUUGGGAAAAGCGAUUCUUCCCCCGCUGGGUACUGGGCCAGGCCCUUGCCCUCCAGAGCCUGCAGAAGGACUUGCACCGUGUCCCAGUUCUACUAUUCGAGUAUUCCUGCAGGCGUCAGGAGCUCAUUUCCCCGCCAGAGGGCAUGGCCAGGGCUAUCAAGACCAAAAGUACUUCUAGAAACAGGGUCAGAGUUCCCAGAUUCUCUCAGAGGAGGGCCUGGCAGAACCCUUCAGUAUUAAGCAGAGCAAAACACGGGGAGCCGCAGCAGCUCAGAGGGCCUCAGCCCCACCUCGCAGAGACCUUGGCUUACAGACUGUCAGCCCACAUGUUAUCCUAGUGUUUUCAGCUCUGCUGGGUAGAUGCUGGGCGCUCAGUCACUCCUGCUCCCCAUGUUUAGAGCCUGGCCACCUCCUCUGGCCUAGAGCUACAGCUUCCCUCACUGGCCCUUUGUCCCAUGGAGUGAGUGUGAGGUCAGAUGAGCUCAGCAGAGGUCCUGAAGCUCUUGACCUCUGGGGGCCUGGGAAGUGUGGGGUGUCGCUAGGCUGGUCUCAGAUUCCAGGGCUGAUCUCCAGCAGGACAGCCUCAGUUAUGGGAUAAGGCCACCUGGGGUGCCCAUCCUGUCUGCAGUAGUUUGUGUUCACCCUGGACUCUUAAGGGCUGGCUCAGUGUCUCUCCCUAAGCCAUGAGCGGGCUCAGGCACCCCUUCCUUCCCCAGGAGCUUCCCUGCCUUUUUGAAGUAUUUAUUUAUUUAUUGCAUGAUUCCCGGGAACAUGGGGCACAGGAAACGGGAUCAGGAGGAUGGGGGCCCUCUUCUGCCCUAGGGUGCUGCCUGGACUCAUGAGCUGCCUGGAACUCAGAGCCUGGGAGGUGGAGACGUUUCUGUACCCUCAGCUGGGAUGUGAGGAGGCAGGCUGGGAGUCAGGGCUCAUCCUAGGCCAGCUUUCUUUCCCAGCCAGUCAGUCUAGGAGCCAGGGGCCUGCCUCAGGCCCAGAGGGGCAAGUCCUUGAGGAACCAGGCAGGCCUUGGUAGACCCCCUUCCUCAAGCUCCUUGGUCCUGUUGAGAUAUGAGUUAAGUGCUCAUGCUUUAUUUACACUGGAGAGGAACUACAAGGAUGUCUUUGUAUAUGGAGAAUUGUCAAUAAAGAGGCCUCAACCUUUCUA